UGAUAAUUCACAAUGUCUAGAGUAAUUAUCUCAGGGAACUGAACUUCAGCUUGGUUUAGCUGUCCAAAGCCAAAAUGCCACUUUAUCUGUCAAGAGGAGGCUCGCAUGUGAACUACUGACAUACUUUGGGCAGGCCCAUUGCUGUUUGUCUGAAGGUAAUAAUAAUGGAAAAUCUGGAAAGAAGCACAUGUUAUUCCUUAAAUUUAAGUAUCUUGAAGCAAAGGCUGCAGCUUACUACUAUCAUGGCCUGAUUCUUGACAAAGGUACUGAACCAUCUUGCCACAUUAGUGCUAUGUGUUGUUUCCUCGCUGCAGAAGAACUUCAAGCAGAAAGCAAGAAGGCGUGCCUAGCCUUUUGUCUAGCAGAUCCCAUUACUAGGGUUCCUCCACCAUGGGGUGCUAUGCAGCAUUUACACAAGAAAAUUCCGGAAACCGCAUCCAAGAAAUCUCAGAUGUAUGGCUACCUUUUAGAUCAAGAGAAAGGUCUUCAUAUUUUGCCUGAUCUUCUGGAAUUCCAGUUGUCGCUGAAACCUGAUGAAUAUGAAUUGCCUGCACUGGAUUCUGCAUGGAAUUCUGGAAGUUGGGAAAUACCCGGACAACCUCUCAAGGACCACCUUAAAGAUGGUGAAGAAGAAAUUGAAACAUAAAUGUACCAGAGAAGUUGAUCUUUUUCUUUUAUCCCUACUUGUGAAAUGACAUAUUGUACAAGUAUUUGUUUCAGUUCUCGGGUGAUAAUUAUGCAUGCGAGAAUGAGAUGAUUGUACAUUCAUAUCACUACUAUAUAAAAAGGGCAAUGUUAGUUUAUUGUAAAAAGAACAGUUGAUUCUUCCAUUUUUACAUGCUGUAACAACUUUUUUUUUCA